AUGCUUGAACUUAAUGUGAAGCAAAGUGGAAUAAGUAAGCGCGUCCUGAAUGUGCUUUACAGGAAGACAAAAAGCGGUAAAAUCGUGAAACGAGUAAAUGAACAUUAUCUAAGAAACGAUAUUGGUUGUGGAUUGGAAACAUGUGGAUAUUGUCAACCAGUUGGGGCUCAUUCGCUCACCGAUUUGACUGUCCAGAUUUCAUCUGUGGUAUCCACCAAACACGCCAUCAUUCUUGAUUCUUCGGCGAUAAUCCGCUUUUAUCAUUUGUUCGAUAACUUGAAAUUCACGAACAUUAUUAUUACACAAACUGUUUGGGAAGAUGUGAAGAAAUCAAGCCCACUUUCUUAUAAGUCAAUGUAUACACUGUGUUACGAGAGUCCAGAGAGGAAAAUUUACGUAUUCAUGGAUGAUUUUCAUUGUGAAACUCAUCUUGACCGCGUCAAGGGUGAAAGCGAAGAAGAUAGGUUAACCAAAUCGCUGCUAAUGUGUGCCAAGUUUUAUAAAAACCAUUGGAAACAAUUUUCUAUAAUUCCGAUUAUCGUAUGUGGUACUGCUGUGAGCAAGGAUCGGUUAAAAAAACAAUUUGAAAAUGUUUUCACUUUACAGGAAUACAUUGAAGGUAUGAAAGAUAAUUCUGAUUUACUUGAUAAACUGGCCAUCUACAGUGCAGAGAGUGAGAGUCGAGGACGUAUUUUGUUUUCAGAGUAUUUGGCUCAUGAUAUAAUACAAAAUGGGAUUCGAAAUGGAAGAUUUAAAAAAUCAACAUUUCAAGUAUCACAUGAAAAUUACAUGGAAGCAUAUGUUCGUAUUGAUGAGAAGAAUACAUGGUUUAUUCAAGGACGCAUCAAUAUGAAUCGUGCUGUGAAUGGUGAUAUCGUUGCUGUGGAACUGUUGCCAGAAUCCGAGUGGACUUGUCCACAAAAAAUUAUUCGAUUACGAGAUGUGGAAGAAAUUGAAAUGAAAGAUGCGGUCAAUAAAGAGGACGACGAAGAUGAGGAAGAAAUCGAGCCAAAAAGACCGCGAAUCGAGGAAAAAAUUCCAUCUGCUAGAGUAGUUGGAAUUGUAAAACGAAAUUGGCGUCAAUAUUGUGGGAUGAUUUUGCAACCUGCUGUGAAAGAUUCAACAUGCGUACUCUUUGCUGCAGCAGAACGACUUAUACCUCGUAUACGAAUUGAAACGCGCCAGGCUGAAUAUUUAAGAGGCAAGCGAGUCAUUGUUGCAAUUGAUAGCUGGCCUAGAGAUUCACGCUAUCCAAUUGGACAUUAUGUAAGAAGUAUUGGCGUGGCAGGUGAUCGAGAAACGGAGAAUGAAGUGUUGUUAUUGGAGCACGAUGUACCACAUGGACCAUUUUCGGAUGCAGUUUAUGCAUGUUUACCUAAAAUUCCUUGGUAUGCGCCUAAUGAAAGUCACCGAAAAGAUCUUCGUUCACUGACAAUCUGUUCGGUUGAUCCUCCCGGUUGUACUGAUAUUGAUGAUGCUUUUCACUGCAUUCAGAUUGCAUCAGAUCUAUUAUUUCCGGUUGGUGUUCAUAUUGCGGAUGUUUCGCAUUUUGUUAGGCCGAAUACAGCAAUGGACGCAGAAGCAGCUCAUCGAGGAACCACCGUCUAUCUUUGUGACAAACGUAUCGACAUGUUGCCGGAGCUGCUUUCAAGUGAUUUGUGUUCACUUCGCAAAAAUGUUGAUCGUCUAGCGUUUUCAGUGAUUUGGACAUUGACGUCCGAUGCUGAUAUUAUUGAUAUUAAAUUUCAUAAGUCUCUUAUACGUUCCAGUGCUACACUUACUUAUGAAGAAGCUCAGAAUAAGAUUGAUGAUCCUUCCCUGUCAGAUUCUGUUACUAUGGGAUUGCGAACGUUAUUGGCACUAUCAAAAAAACUAAAAGCAAAACGCCAUGCUAACGGUGCUUUAACCUUGGUCUCUUCUGAAAUUAGAUUUAGCAUAGAUUCCGAAACGAAAGACCCUAUCAGUGUGCAGGAAAAAAAGAUGCUAGCAACAAACAGCAUGGUUGAAGAAUUUAUGCUGCUUGCAAACAUCUCAGUUGCAGAACGCAUAACGGCGGAUUUUCCGGAUUGUGCUUUGCUUCGACGACAUCCAAUUCCACCGGAAGAAAGUUAUAAGCCGGUGGUUGAUAUAACAAGGGCGAAAGGCUUUAGAAUGAACGUUGAAAGUGGAAAAGCGCUUUCGGAAAGUUUGGAUAAAGCUGUGGAUCCGAAUAAUGCAAUGUUGAAUACACUUCUUCGAAUGUUGACCACACGUUGUAUGACUCAAGCUGUAUAUUUUUCAUCAGGAUCGUUGCCAACCGAGCAGUACGUUCACUUUGGACUUGCUGCUCCAAUCUAUACCCAUUUCACAUCACCAAUUCGAAGAUAUGCAGAUAUAAUGGUUCAUCGGCUGCUUUCUGCUUCAAUCUGUGCUGAUUCCACUUUUCCCGAAAUGUUAAAAGGUGAUUUAGUGACCAAAAUUGCAAACAACCUCAAUUACAGACAUAAGCAAGCACAAUAUGCAGGUAGAGCAUCGGUUUUGCUCAAUACAUUGCUUUACUUCAAGGAUCGCACCGAAUUACAUGAUGGUUUUGUGAUGGGAAUCCGGAAAAACGGUAUUCAGGUAUUUGUGCCAGCUUAUGGCUUCGAAUCAAUCGUCGUUUUCCCGAGCGGAUCAAAUUAUCAAGUAACCGACGAUUCGCUAGUAGCAGAAGGUGUAGAAAUAAAGACUUUCCAACACAUCACGGUAAAGCUUUCGCUGGAUAAGACUGAUGUCCAACGUAUUCGCCUUGAUAUGAAGUUGAUUUCACCAAAGAUUCCCGGGUUUAGCGUUGAUUAUAUCCUUUCCGCUCCGGAAGAGUGA